AUGUUUGCGAGCAGUGUAUUUGCGAGAGCGUGGCAGCAGCUAAGGAGUUACGGUGAUUACGUGAGGAAAGUGAGGGCAAUGAAAAGUUUUCUGGGACGAAUGAGCCACGCUGAGGAUGUUCACUCACUGACCAAGUUCAUUGUAACAUUUGAUGAUUAUCCUCUGAUGAUGAAAAAUUCCGGCGCCUAUCAGCUUAAUUUGCGGACCGUAUCCUAUGCUGAAAUUGUGGAGAAAUUACAACAGGAAGUUGGCGUCCUGAAGCAGAAAUGCAUCCUUCUAGAUAUGGUUAACUGCCCAGAGCAUAACUGCUAUGUACCCGUGUGCGGUCUCCCUUUGCAACGUUCGGAUGUACCACUGACUGUUAGUGUGGAGAAUUAUUGUGAAGAGCUUGAAAAUCGCUUAACUGGGCGGUUCUUUUCUCCACGAUUAGCCGUAACGAUGUUAAAAUGCGAUUUGGAAAGAAGUCUCAUUGCCACGGUAAAUUAUUUUGCUAUGAUCUACAUUUCAUUCACUAGAAUUUUAAUUCAGAUUUGA